AUGGCCACUAGCUGUAAUGGUGGUCGGCCUUUCCCUAAGGAUUUAGCGGUGGAUAUUCUACUCAAGUUGCCAGUGGAGUCCUUGUUGCGAUUCAAAUGUGUCUGCAAGAACUGGUAUGAGAUAAUGAAGAGCCAUAGCUUCAUCAGAGAACACAUGAAUUGGAACAGCAAGAGCAAAUCCCCUCAAAUCUUGAUUUAUGAUUAUAGUGCCCCAGAUGAUUCCUCUCCAAUCACUUUUAUUUCGGUUUCAGAUGCUGGUGUACUUGAAAAUCCACCUGAUUAUCUCCAGGGCUUUAGAGCAUAUUCAACAUCUCCUUGUCAUUGGAAUCCUGCCACCGGGGAAGUGAGGCCCCUUCCUGUAGCCAACUUCGAGCUUCAACCAUCUUUCAGACAAAUCGACCGUCAAUUUGGGUUCGGAUUAGACCCCAUGACUAAUGACUACAAGGUUGUUUUGUUUCGGUCCUUCUGGGAUGACAUCAAAAAUCAUACUAUCCCUCGACAAUAUGCAACAGUUUAUUCUUGUUCUAGGGAUUCGUGGAGAAUCCUUGAACCUGCAAAUCUCAUACAUGAAUUCUGUGUAGAAGCCGUUGGUACUGCUUAUUUAAAUGGAACUUAUUAUUGGCUGCUAUGCGGUGGGGGUUGUACUUCUGAUGAUUGUAGCGAUCUUUCAUUUGACUUUGGCAAUGAGGUGUUUGUAGGGAUCGGAGGGCCAGAUGUUGGGCGUGUUAAAAUUGUCAAAAGUCCCACAUCG